AUGCUCUCCCACUUCGAACGUGGCUGCCCUACCGACCAUCUCAUCCUCCCAAACGAGCUCUGGUUCUCUAUCUUCACCCAUCUCCCGCCUGCCGCACUGAAAGACGUCUUCGAAACAUCCUUCCGCUUCCGCGAACUCUCGCGCAGCCUGCGUUACCGCCGGCUCGUGCUCGACCCACUCUGCCCAUGUUACGCAGGCCCCGGACACCAGCACGGCGCAGGCUGGAUCGAUGCCUGGCUCGGCCGGCUCAGCGCGCCCCCGAUCGCCACGCACGUUCUUGAGCUCGUGAUUUCGUUCCAGUUCCUGGGUGCGCUCUUCGGCAAGCCGACAGGCGUGCACUCGCCCCAUGCGCAAGCGUACGUCCGGCCGCUGCUCGAGGCAGUGCAUCAGUUCCCCCGGCUGCGGAAUCUCACGCUGCGCCUUCCGUUCGGGUGGGAGUUCGAUCUGGAUGCGCUGCCCGUCGGUCGGGUGCUCGACGAGCUGUGGAUCGAGGGAGGGAUUCUCCGGUCGUCGGCGCACGAAUCGCUGCGCACGAAGAGCUUCGUGUACACGAACUUCCCCCGCUCAUCCUCCCCGUGCGGAGAGACAGGAAACUCGUUCCUCGCCGCACUCAACGCGACGCACCUGGCUUCCCUCACACUAUACCCCAGCUUCGACUGCCACCCGACCGCCAACAUCGAUCCCGCGCUCUGCCGCCGCUUUGCUGCGCUUCGGAGGCUGGAAGUGCAGGGAUGCAGUGGCCCGUUCGUGCACGACGUGCACAGCAUCGUCGCGGCGUUCCCGGCCGUCGAGGAGCUGGUUGUCGAUGGCGAAUACCGCUCGUGUCGCUGCGCGACGCCCGACCGGCAGCUGCCUCCGUUGGCGGCGCUCCGGUCGUACACUGGACCAGCGGACUACGCUCCGAUCUUUCUCGCCGGUUCGCGGUGCCCGCGAGUUGUGCUUGACACAUUCCACACACAGCAGACGAUCGCGGCGGUGCUCGCGCAGAACACGACGAUGUUCGAGAACGUGACCGAAUUCGGAUGCAAGAUUCGGCUGGAAAGUCUGCUCAAUUCGGAUGUGCUGGAUAUUCGGCGAGCGAUGCCGAGGGCAAGCAAGCUGGAGCUAUAUAUUGCUGAUUUACUUGGGCCGGAACCACUUGACGAGGACGAAGACGAUUUAGAGCUGCAUGCGGAUGGUCUCUCUGUGAGCAGCAACUCCCGCCGUCAUAUCUUGUGUGCUGAUCUCACCCAGAAUCUACCCUGCAUUCUGGCAUCACAGCUGAUGGCAGCGAAGUCUGAUCCCUUGCACGUCACCAUCGACUGGGAGCUGUGCUGUGAAGUGGUCGACGUUCUGGGUGGGCUAGAGCCAGUCCACCGGGCUCUGAUGAAGCUUGUCGGGAAACAGGCAGUACGGGUGGACUUUCGAGGCGGAGUCCGAGAAUGGUGCUCAAGAACUGAUGUAAUUACCCACUGA